CCCAACUUGUUUUUGUAUUUUUCAGGAAUCGUGCCUUUAUGAAUAUAAGAUCUAUGCAACUUUUUCAGAUUAUAGUCCAGAGUUGUAUGUGGACAUGUACAUGGACCUGGAGUAUAGGAAGCAAUGGGAUAGUUACGUGAAAGAACUUUAUGAACAAGAUUGUGACGGGCAGAAAGUGAUUUACUGGGAAGUUAAAUACCCGUUUCUUUUAUCCAACCGUGAUUACAUUUAUGUUCGUGAGCGUCAUGACUUGGAUAUCGAUGGACGAAAGAUUUGGGUGAUUGUGGCAAGAUGUGUGCCGGGAUUACCAGCGAAAUCCGGCAUCAUUAGAGUGGAGGACUAUCAUCAAACUGUAGCUCUGGAGAGUGAUGGUGAACAAGGCACCAAAGUAUUUAUGCAUUACUUCGAUAACCCUGGGGGUAUGAUCCCAACUUUCCUUGUUAACUGGGCAGCAAAGACUGGAGUGCCUUCCUUUCUGAAAGACAUGCAGAAAGCUUGUGCUAACUACUCUGAAUACUGCAAGAAAUCUGGGAAAUAAUCACCAUGUUGCUGAUUCAGAAUUGGCAUCCUGAGAUGAGACAACUUGUCCCAACUUACUUUUGUUUCUUCUUUUCUACAGUACUUGAUUAUGACUGGAUUGCUCUAUUUUGGGGCAGUGGCAAAUCAUCUCAUCAAUAACACUGUCUAUACUCACCUGCACUGUAAUUGCUCCAUGCUGCUAGCAUCCCUAUCUAACCAGUUCUUGCUGCCACCAUUAUUGAGUGAAUGAUGGUGAAUAUUAUAAAAUGGCCAACCUGUUAACACGGAGAAACUGAAAGUACAAAAGUUCUGCAGCCUCAAUAUUACUCAUGCAAUGGUCUAAAUAGGGAGGAAUGGGAAUAAAUGGCAGACAUGGACUAUGUCCUUGAAUGGAGCAGGGAGAAGAUUGUCAUGUUGCCUUUAAUCUCAUUUGGAAUUUUCCUCCCUGUCUCUCUGUUUGAACAUGUUUGCCAUUGGCUAAGCCUGGGAGGCAGCUAUCCAGCUGCCCUCUUGGUUAGGCUGAGCAUUGUAGGGAGAUCUUAAAUGAAGGGCAUGAAAUAUUAAUGAACUGUGAAUCGUGCUAAACUCAGAGAACUUUUUAUUUUUCCAUAAGUUGUAAUAACAUGCAUCGUAAUACUUGUGCCUUCAGCAACAAUUGUUUCUGACUUCUAUUAAGCCCUUGUCACCUGGAGCAGCGGAGAGUAUGAAGGAGUGGGGCCUUGGCUUCUUAGUGCCGAAGUACAGCAUCUCACUUCAUGAAUGAAUAUGGGGAAAUGCAGCAUUGUCUUAAAUAAAUCUGGAUGGAUUAUUGCACA